UGAUAAUAUUAGGAUGCUGUAGUUACUGUUCCAAUCUACUUCAACCAAGCUGAACGGAAAGCCCUCAUUUCGUCCGCACAAUUAGGCGGUCUAAACGUUCUUCAGUUAAUGUCAGAACCGAUGUCGGUGGCAUUAAACUAUGGAAUGUUCCGACGGAAGGAGAUUAACGGAACGGUCCGGCACAUGAUGCUCUACGACAUGGGAGCCUCUGAUACGACUGUUAGCAUCGUUGCUUACCAGAUCGUUAAGACGAAGGAGAAAGGGUUCACGGAGACACACCCACAGGCUCAAGUCCUGGGAGUAGGUUAUGACAGGACCCUUGGUGGGACAGAAAUUACAUUCAGAUUACGAGAGUAUCUUGCCGACGAGUUUGAUGCUUUGAAGAAGACAAAAACCCCAGUGCGUAGUGUACCGCGCGCAAUGGGAAAACUGUUGAAAGAAGCGGAGCGCGUUAAGCUGAUUCUCUCAGCAAAUACGGAUUGUUAUGCUCAGAUUGAAAACGUAAUGGAGGACAUAGACUUCAAAGUUCCCGUGUCACGUGAUCAGCUGUACAGCCUCGUGUCGGACAUGUGGGAGCGUGUGAAUAAACCGGUUCAGAUGGCGCUGGAUACAGCUGCCAUGACAAUGGAUUCCAUAGACCAGGUGAUACUGGUCGGUGGGGGAAGCAGAGUACCUAAAGUUCAAGAAAUUUUGACCCAGUUUGUUGGACGAGAAUUAGGCAAGAAUCUAAACACGGACGAAUCAGCCGCCAUGGGCGCAGUAUACAAGGCCGCCGAUCUUUCCUCCGGGUUUAAAGUGAAGAAGUUUAUUACAAAGGAUGCUGUUGUGCUACCGAUAGAUGUUGUCUUUGAACGAGAACUGGAGGCAGAUGAGGGAGAGGGGGCUAAGAAGAUCCGUAGAACUCUCUUCUCAAGGAUGAAUCCUUUUCCUCAGAAGAAGAUUAUGACGUUUAAUAAGCAUAUUAAAGACUUCACCUUUCAUGUCAACUAUCAGGAUGUUGAUUAUCUCGGGGCCUCAGAGGUUUCCUACCUGGGCAACCUCGAGAUCAGCAGUGUUCUUGUCAAGGGGGUCAAGGAGGCUCUAGAUAAGAAUGAAAAAAUAGAGACAAAGGGAGUUAAGGCUCACUUCUCAAUGGAUGACUCUGGUAUAUUAUCUUGCACUGCUCUAGAAUCCGUUUUUGAAAAAACCAUUUCACCUGAAGAACAGGAGAAGUUAGAGGCUGAAACCGAGGCCAUUAAAGAGGACACUUGGAGUAAAUUGGGGGACACAAUUUCUCAGUUCUUCUCUACCGAAGACGGAAAGGAUAUAGAUCCAUUGUCUGAAGGAGACAAGGCGAAGGAAGAGAAGAAGGAUGAUAAGAAGGAUAAGAAGGAUAAGAAGGACAAGAAGAAGGAUGAGAAGGCAGAGAAGAAGAAAGAGAAGGACAAGAAGGAAGAAGAGAAGAAGAAAGAGCCGAAGAAGCCGAAGAUUGAGACUGUUAAAGAAGAUCUUGAAAUGGAAGAAUCUAGGAAUGAUAUUGUUGCGUUGUCUGGAGACAGUUAUGACAAAGCUAAGAGCAAACUAGAAGUACUGGAUAAAGCAGACCGUGAAAGAGAGGCAAGGGAGACUGCUCUGAAUGAACUACAAUCCUUCCUAUUUGACCUCCAGGACAAAAUGUAUCAGGAUGAGUAUGAAGUAGCAAGUACUGAAGAUGAACGUGAGAAGAUAAAGAAUGAAUGCUCAACUAUAUCUGAAUGGUUGGAUGAAGAAGCUGGAGUAGACUCAACUCUUGAGGAUUACACAUCUAGGAUGAAGAUUCUGAAAGAAGGUUCUGCUGCUCUGUUUGCUCGUGUUCGGGAGCAUAGAGAGCGCCCUGAAGCUCUGGAUAUGCUGACACAAUCUAUUAGUAAUAGCAGAGAGUUUUUAGUCAAAUCAAGUAACAUGACAGGGGAGGACGGGUUCUUCAAGGAGAAGGAGCUCGAGGUUAUGGAGAAGAAGGUGGUUGAGGUUGAGAAGUGGAUGGAAGAGAAGGUAGCUGAGCAGUCUGGCCAGCCCUUGAAUGAAAUGCCAAUCUUGACGGUCAGCUUGAUUUAUCAGAAAACUCAGGACCUUGACAGCGAGAUAAAGUUCUUGGUUUCCAAAGCUAAGAUGGUAAAGGCGGAGAAGGAAAGGGCGAGGCGGUUAAAGGAAGCGGAGGAGAAGAAAGCAGCGGCAGAUGAGGCAAAGAAGGCGAAGAAGAAAAAGAAGGCGGAGGAAGGUUCAGGGGAGACGGCGGAAGAGGAAGCUGCAGAGGAGGAGGAGGCGGAGAGUGUUGAUGAACCUGCAGGAGAAGGAUCAGGAGAAAAUCCAUCUGUUGAGAACCCAGAAUCCACGGCUGAAACCAAGGAGGAUUUUUCUACUAAAAGUGAUACAAAAUCCGCUGAGGAUACAGACCAAACUGAUCCUACAGAGUCUUCCGAGGAUCCUUCAGAGUCCGCGAAGAAGGAUCCUGAGGAUUCUGAACCAAGUGAAGGAUCUGCGGAUCAACACACAGAGCUGUGAUAUACUAAUAACUAGUUAAUAAAUUCAGGGUUUAAGAAAACCUCCUCCUUCCGAAAAUCCGCGAUCAGAAACCCGUGAAAAUCCACGAAACCAAAAAUCAAUAAAAUCUUUGCAUUGAAACUGAAGUCAAUUCCGGACUCAGCGGUGUAUGCAUCAAGCAGUACAUUAAUUUUAUAAUUUUAAUUUCAAAACACUGAACAAUUUAUUUUACAGAAUAUUCGCUCUGCUCAGUUGGCAGUAAACAUGGAUCUCAAUUCCAACCCUUUUCUUUAUUUCAACUUUUUAAUGUUUGCAUUCAUUUAAAUUUUAAAGAAUUGUCUUUUUCUCGUCCUAUUUCUUGUGAAACUGUGUUAUUAGUAAAUAAUGUUGAAUAAGCACAAUGAAAUAAAUGUUCACCUAAAUCCUUCCCAGUCCUUAUUAGAAAUUAAUAAUAAAUAUCCCAACAAACUUA